UCAUAAAAAAUAAUAUUAUGUAUUGUGAAGGGUCUCUCGUAAUUCAUUUGUAUGCUAUGUUUAAAUAUUUGUAUUAAUCAAAACAAUUUUAAUUUUAAUCUUUGUAGUUUGUCCUAUAGUGUAAUAUAAUAUAAGGAAUUGAAAAUCAUUUAAUUGAAUAAUUAUGAGAGAACGAGAACGAGAACGUUAUAAAGAUAAAGGACAUGAUCGUACUAAAGAUAAACAUCGAGACCGUUCCAGUAGUUUAACUAGAGCCCGUAGAGGUAGGUCUCGAAGUUCAUCACCAAGAACAAGGCGUGAAGCACGUGAGCAUUCAAGGAGUCCACGUCGUGGUCGUUCAAGAAGUACUUCACCGAGGGCAAGACGUGAUGUGCGCAAAAGAAGCCGAUCUCAUCAACGCCAUUCAAGAUCAAGAUCUCCUGUAAGACGGCAUUCAAGAGAGAGGCGCCGUUCUAGAAAUCGUGAUUUACGAAGAUCAAGGUCAAAAACUCCAACUAAAAAAGACAAAAAAUACACAAGGUCUAUCCAGCAUACUGCUCCUAAAGUAACAGAAGAAGAUCUACGUGGAAAAACUGCUGAAGAACAAGAAAUGAUGAAAAUGAUGGGAUUUUGUAACUUUGACACUACUCAUGGUAAAGAAGUAGAUGGCAAUAAUGUUGGUGAUGUUCAUGUUAUACUUAAACGUAAAUAUCGACAGUACAUGAACCGUAAAGGUGGAUUUAAUAGACCUCUAGAUUUUGUAGCUUAAGUAUGAUGAUUACUGUUUAUUUAAAUAAAAUAAUCAAUUGUUUAUUUGACUAACAAUUAUAAAUUUUCCUUUAAUAGCAUAUGUUUAAUCUUGUAUGUAUUAUUUUGAUUAAAAUAUCUAUAAUACCAUUUAA